AUGGACGCAAAGAGAAACAUCGUCGUCGUUGGAGGCGGCAUCAUUGGCUCAACCACGGCCUACUAUCUAACACGCCAUCCGAAAUUCAACCCAGCCUCUCAUACUAUUACCCUUCUUGAGGCUGCCCCUACUAUCGCACAAGGUGCAUCAGGCAAAGCUGGCGGUCUUCUCGCCCUCUGGGCUUAUCCAGAAUGUCUAGUUCCUCUCUCAUAUCGCUUGCAUGCCGAGUUGGCUGCUGAGCAUAACGGGCCUCAGAGAUGGGGUUACCGCCAACUCGGCUGCGGAAGCUUUGAUGCUGUCGUGACGCGCGACAAGAUUAAGUCACUCCAAGCUAAUGGAAACGGAAAUAUAAACGGCAAUGAGAAUGGAAAAGACUGGGAGAAACUACCGAAGCAAAAUGGCGCAGCAAAAGAACUCCUAGAAGCAAGUAUUUUACCGGAGGAUCUUGACUGGGUAGACCAUAGCAUCAUUAACAGCUGGUCUGAGAUGGGCGCACCUGGAAAGACAGAAACAUCUCAAGUGCAUCCCUUACAUUUCACAACAGCAAUUGCAGAACUCGCUCAGCAAGGGGGCGCUCAAAUACACACCCACGCCAAGGUAACAAAGAUAAACUCCACAAAGAAUGGCGUCGAAAGCAUAGAAUAUCUAGAUCGCAACACUGGCGAGACGAAGACCAUUGCCAGCGUGACAGAUAUAGUCGUGGCAGCUGGUCCAUGGACCAACAAAGUCUUGCCUCGGGCCAGGAUCGAGGGUCUAAGAGCGCACAGCGUUGUCUUCGACGCAAACGUUAGCCCGUAUGCUGUCUUUACAGAUAUUCAGCUCCCUCCGGAUUUUAUCCCUGUGCAUCGUGCUAAGAUGGGGCAGAAAAGGAGACAUAGGGGCAAUGUUGAUCCGGAGAUUUAUGCGCGGCCGUUUAAUGAGGCAUAUGCCUGUGCAGGCGAACCAGAUACAAAUGUCCCGCUACCCGAGACAGCAGAUCAAGUAGAAUGCGACGAGGCUCAAUGCGACGACAUAAUAUCAUACAUCAGCACUUUCAGUCCCGUUUUGGCCGCCGCGCCCAUCAAGGCCAAACAAGCAUGUUACCUCCCAAGGCAUAUUCGCUUUGGACAGGAGAGUGGCCCUUUAAUCGGCAGAACGACUGUGCCUGGGCUAUUCGUUGCUGCAGGACAUACAUGCUGGGGAAUUCAGAAUGGUCCUGGAACGGGCAAGCUCAUGUCCGAGUUCGUAUUUGACGGAGGAGCGAAGAGCGCGGACGUUGACAAGCUGGAUCCUCGGAAGUUCAAGGUUUAA